GUACUGUGUCCGCAGUCUCUGGUCAUCUCCUGUACUGUGUCCGCAGUCUCCGGUCAUCUCCUGUACUAUGUCUGCAGUCUCUGGUCAUCUCCUGUACUAUGUCCGCAGUCUCUGGUCAUCUCCUGUACUGUGUCCGCAGUCUCCGGUCAUCUCCCGUACCGUGUCCGCAGUCUCCGGUCAUCUCCCGUACCGUGUCCGCUGUCUCUGAAAAUGUAUUUUCUCGUUUUCCUAGGUGCGUCUUAUGGAGCGAAAAAUAUGGUAACUGGAUAUAACAUUUAUAGG